AUGGAAAAAGAAGAACAAAAAAAUGAACAAAAAAAUGAACAAAUUAAUGAACAAAUUAAUGAACAAAUUAAUGAACAAAAUGAUGAACAAAAUGAUGAAGAAAAAAACAAAAGUAUUAACGAAAUAUCAUUACUUGAAAUAAAAAGAAAAGUUCAAAAUGAAAGAGAAGCUUCAAAGGAUGAAAGUAAACAAAAAAAGUUCCGUAUUUUAAAUUAUACAUCAAAAGAUAGUGUGGUUGGAAAUGUUGAAAAAGAUUUCUUAGUAUAUUUUUGUUUUAUAUGUGGAUAUAAUUGUUUAAUUAGUGAAAUGGAUUUAAAUAUAUUACAAAAAAGAAAAACAGAUGGCUCUAUAAUAUUUCCAAUAACAAAAAUUGUUCAUAAAAUAUAUCAUAAAACACAAUCACAACGGAUAUUAAUUAAAAGAAAAAAUGACAAAGUAGAAAUACAAUAUAGAAUUUUAUGUAAUGAAUGUAAAGCACCAAUUGGAUAUAUUGAUAAUUUGAAUGAAGAUAAUUUGUAUAUUUAUUAUUAUAAUUAUGCUUUAUUAAGAGAUCAAAUGAAAUGUAAAAUGUUUGAAAAUAUAUGA